AUGAAGAACAAACUCAUGAGCAACAAUGGGGAGAUUAAUCAAGCUACCGACCGACCCAUGAUGAGGAGUAACCGAGUGAGCGGAGUAACACCUAACACGGCUUUGUUUACGAGUGUUGCCUCCUACACCGCCGUGGCUCUCCUCGCUGCACUGGAGACACAGGUUAACAGUCACGUAGUUAAGUACAGGUACAACAACAGCCACACAGACACACGGUACUCUACAGACAUAUCAUGCACCCACACCAUCGCCCGCCCACCCCUGCCCACGCCCUCCACGCCUCCACACACCUACACCAUCGCCUACAGUCACCCUCCCACGCCCUCCACAUCCACACCUACAUCAUCGCCUACAGUCACCCGCCACGCCCUCUCCACGCCUCCACACACCUGUCGCCUACAGUCACCGCCACCCUCCCACGCCUCCCACACCUACAUCAUCGCCUACAGUCACCCGCCCGCCUCACGCCCCCACACCCACACCAUCGCCUACAGUCACCGCCACGCCCUCCACCCCACACCCAUCAUCGCCUACAGUCACCCGCCCACCCUCCACGCCCCCACACCCACACCAUCGCCUACAGUCACCCCGCCCACGCCCUCCACGCCCCCACACCCACACCAUCGCCUACAGUCACCCCGCCCACGCCCUCCACGCCCCCACACCCACACCAUCGCCUACAGUCACCCGCCCACAGCUUUACCUCACACACAACGUCAAUGGUCCGCCAAACGUUGUGAUGAGUAG